AUGGAUGUAGCCUCAGCCGUCCAGAAUUACGUCUCCAAGAUAGCUGGCGUAGGUGAAGGUGCAGCUUCAUCCCAGAGUCAAAAGCUCAAGAUCUUACUCCUCGACUCUGCCACUGUCUCAAUCGUCUCGACUGCCAUCACCCAGUCUGCUCUCUUGAAACAUGACGUCUUCCUCGUUGAAAGACUCGAGUCAUCCCGUGAGCGAAUGCGUCACCUCCGAUGUCUAGUCUUUGUUCGUCCUUCACCCGAUUCUAUUCAAUUCCUCAUUGAUGAACUCCGAGAUCCAAAGUAUGGGGAAUACCAAUUAUACUUCUCCAACAUUAUAAAGAAGUCCACUCUGGAAAGACUGGCCGAGGCAGAUGAUCAUGAAGUCGUCAAGGCUGUUCAGGAAUAUUUUGCCGAUUACAUCGUUGUCAACCCUGACCUGAUGACCCUGAAUCUAGGCUUCCCGACCCAACGCUUAUGGAGUCACAGCCCUGAUAUCUGGAACACUGACGCCCUUCAGAGGACUACCGAAGGUGUCAUUGCCUUACUCCUGUCUCUCAAGAAGAAUCCUCUGAUACGGUACGAGAAGAACAGCCUUAUGGCCAAAAAGCUGGCCACAGAAGUACGUUAUCAGAUCACUCAAGAAGAACAGUUGUUUGGUUUUCGAAAAACCGACACCCCUCCAAUCCUCUUGAUCCUCGACCGACGCGACGACCCUAUAACUCCUCUUCUCACUCAGUGGACGUACCAAGCUCAAGUUCAUGAACUUUUAGGCAUCCACAAUGGUCGCGUAGACCUAUCUGUGGUACCGGAUAUAAGACCGGAACUAAGAGAGAUUGUUCUCAGUCAAGAUCAGGACCCUUUCUUCAAAAAGAAUAUGUACCAAAAUUUCGGUGAUCUUGGAGGCAAUAUCAAGGAAUAUGUUGAUCAAUAUCAAUCCCGCACAAAAUCCAACGCUCAAAUAGAGAGCAUUGCUGAUAUGAAGCGUUUCGUCGAGGACUAUCCUGAAUUCCGCAAAUUAUCCGGAAAUGUCUCCAAACAUGUCACCCUUGUCAGCGAACUAAGUCGGCGUGUCUCAGCUGAUCAACUACUGGAUGUUUCGGAACUUGAACAGAGUCUGGUCUGUAAUGAUAAUCAUGCCAAUGACCUGAAAACCUUACAGAAGCACAUCCAAAACCCAUCUAUAACCCCCGACAACAAGAUUCGGCUCGUCGCUUUAUACGCCAUCCGCUAUGAACGAAAUCAAAACAAUGCUCUUCCUGUGCUUCUCGACCUGCUCACUACUGUCGCGGAUAUUAGUCCCAACAAACUCUCCAUUAUCCCUAAAGUGCUUGCCUAUCAUCAUUCACUACAACCUGCCCCAGUUGGAGGUGGUUUCAGUGACCUCUUUGCUUUCGAUGCUGCCAGCUCUCCCUUUUCAAACUUCCGCAGGAAUCUCAACUUGAAGGGUGUUGAAAAUGUCUAUACUCAGCAUUCUCCACGAUUGGAGUUGACCCUACAAAAUCUCAUUAAAGGUCGUCUGAAAGAAUUGCAGUAUCCAUUCCUCGAGGGAAUGGGACAUACAAGGGACAAGCCGCAAGAUAUUAUUAUCUUCAUGGUCGGUGGUGUCACUUAUGAAGAGGCUCGGAUCGUGACACAAGUUAAUGCAUCAGUCCCUGGAGUGCGAGUUGUCCUUGGAGGGACUAAUGUCGUAAAUUCGGAAAUAUUCCUUCAAGAGGUCGAUGACGCGGUGGGUUCUUGGCCGGAUCAAGCACCUGCUACAGCUCAAGGUCGGCUAGGUAGAGCCGUUGGAAGGUGA